UAUACAUCAGUCGAAGCGGGGGAGCGGGGAGGAGAGUGUGAGAGGCGUGUGCCAGGUUCAGAGGUCGUGGUGGAACACAGCUGGAUUUUUACCUAUGGGUCAAAACUAUAGAGGCCCAGCACAGGAUCAAGUGCAUAGACCACAUUGGUCCUUUUUGGUGCUGAAAGUAUGUCAUCAAUAUGACUGAGCCUCUUCUUUUUGUGGUUAGCCUUUCCAUCCUAGCCUCAGUCCACAGCUCAUUUGACUUCUUUCUGUCACAAGAUGAAGUCAGAAAAAUGGAUGUGGUUGGGUGGCCAGGCAACUUCUUCUACGUGGAAAACGGAAACGUCAAUCAUAAUACAGUGGCAUACAACUUCCAGGUGCCAUAUGAGAUGAACAGUUUAACAUUUUCCUGGAGGGCUAGGGACCUGGAAAACGUGACGUACGCCAUCGUCAGCCACCCCCUUCCAGGCAGUGAGAACAAGCUGCGCUCACUGGCAUUUGACAUUCCACACACAGGCACCAUCCCGCGGCGCUUGGGCCAGUUCCGCCUGAGCCUGGCCUGCUCGCUCGACCCGGCGGCGGUGGCUGCCGCGCCGGCCGAGUUCGUCAUCAAGCUGGACGUCAUGUCGUCCAGCAGGGUGACCAGCAUCAACUUGCGCCGGCGGAAGCACUGCACCGAGCGCUCGGCGCUGGAGGCGGACAUCGUGGUGAUGACGCAGCAGGACGGGUUCGGCUCGGCGGCCACCUUCUACGUGGGACUGGCUGCGCUCGGCGCGCUGCUGGUGGUGGCUGUGGGCACCGGUGUCGGCAUCGCCUACUGCAGCCGCGGCUGGGAGUCCUCCCACCGGCCCUCGCCGCCCAGCCAGUACUCGUCCGUGGAGGCGGUGCGGCCUCCGCCGCCGCCGCCGCCUCUGCCGUUGACUGCGCCGCCGCGGCCGGCCAGCCCGGCGCGCUCCGUCGACUCGCCGCCGCCCUGCGAGCCGCUGCCGCCGGCGCCGCCGGCCGUGCUGGAGCCGCUGGACGUGGACCGGCUGGAGGUGGAGCGGACGCUGAUGGAGGGCACGUUUGGCCGCAUCUGCCAGGGUCACCUGGUCAAGGAUGAGCAGGACGACUUGCCCGUGCUCGUCAAGAUGGCCACAGAGGUGGCCUCCGACACCCAGGUGUCGCUGAUGCUGCGCGAGGCGGCCGCCCUGACGCAACUGGCGCACCCCAACCUGCUCUCGGCCAUGGGCGUGGUGUCGGACGGCGCGGACGGCUCGCGCCCGCGCAUCGUCUACAUGUACUACCCCAGCGUCAACCUCAAGAGCUUCCUGCACCAGUGCCGCACGGUCGGGGAGGCGUGGUCGCGCACGCUGCUCACGCAGGAGGUGGUACACAUGGCCGUCCAGGUGCUGAACGCGCUCAGCCACCUGCACCAGAACGGCCUCGUGCACCGGGACGUCGCCGCCCGCAACUGCGUCGUGGACGACCAGCUGCGCGUGAAGCUGUGCGACCUGGCGUUGUCGCGCGACCUCUUCCCCGACGACUACCACUGCCUGGGCGACAACGAGAACAGGCCGGUCAAGUGGCUGGCGCUGGAGGCGCUGACCGAGCGCCGCUUCCCGCCGGCCGCCGACCUCUGGUCGUUCGGCGUGCUCUUCUGGGAGCUGACCACGCUCGGCCAGCAGCCGUACGUGGAGGUGGACCCGUUCGAGAUGGCCGCCUACCUGCGCGAGGGAUACCGGCUCGCGCAGCCCGUCAACUGCCCGGACGAGCUGUUCGCCGUCAUGGCCUACUGCUGGGCGACUGAGCCGGCCGAGCGGCCCGGCCUCCACCACCUGCAGUCCUGCCUCAUCGACUUCCACAUGCACCUCGACAACUACGUGUAGUGGCCGACCGUCUCGGCGCGGACCUGCGCACUGCUCCGCUCUCCCGGCCGGGGGCGUGGCCGCCAGCCGGGUGACUCCGGCAGGCACGCACGCCACGUCAGUGCAUCAGCUACGAUAUUAGGCGCGGACGGAGCGUUCCGUUUGUGUGGGGUUACCGUGCGUCAGGGUUUUGCAUUUCGAGAAUUGGAGAGUUCGGCGGCGUUUGGGUUGGCUGUCGAUGUAGACUGUGCGGCCACCCCGCGGUGGAUGCUUUGGUAUUGGCUGCUACGGAUUACGUGGUGAGCUGGUGGAGUGUGAAUGGGCAAUGCAGUGCAAUUGUUACAACCGACCUCAAUGUUGCGUUUCUUCAUCUUGGCUGCUCGUACCAUUGUAAUGUUCAUCGUCGGAUAAAGCCCUGUGAUAUUGUGCCGUACCUUUUGUUGUCGCUGUACCCACGACGCUUCCUUGCGUUCGCCAGCGCCUACUGUCCGUUUGUGCGUACCGCAACGCUUGAUGUCAGCUGCCCGCUCGCCAAGGGAGCCCGCCGGCGCGCCGUGCUUCGCCAUUCGUACGUGUGCCAUGUGGCGUGCUCGUCCGGUGGUCGGCAGCCGCUUCAGGGGGACCGAUCAGCGCGCUCUCCGGAGCGGGGGGAUCGCGCGACGUGCCGCCCCGUCCGCCGUGGGACCCCGCGCUGCGCUGCCUCCGGUUCACCGCCGGUGCCGUGUCGGGGGCUGCGCGGGGGUGACCGCAUCGGCGGUGGCCGGCGGCGUGUCAUCCUCCUGAGACACCUGGCGUGCGACCUCGACCCACCCUUGUCUCAUUGCGGCCGAGUGUCGCUGCUGCUAUGAACUGGAUCAGUAUUUUGGUGUUGUGCCCGCUGGUUUACACUCUGCUAAUGUCUUUCCUCCGUCGGUGAGCGACAAGGAAGUAGACGCUCUGUAUCGUGUCGUUUGACUGGGCUGCUGCACCCGAAAGCUAUGUGUUCUGCACUGAACGUUUGGUACAAAUUCGCAGGCCGAUUUUGAGCUGCCAUGAACUGCCGGUAUUAUUGAACGCCUUUACUGGCUCUAGUUAUUGCACAGUUACUAUUGUUGACGGUAUACAUUCAUAUGUUAUAAUUGACAGUUUUAUUGAGUGAUUUGUGUGUAAAGAGAAGUUUUCGUCCCGCCAAACUGUGCUGAUUGCAUUGCACGACGCUUUUUAUGGUUGUACACGAACACCACUUCAUAGCAUGAUUUCAUUCACGCUACUGACGUGUAGCUAGCGAACCGACGUCCACGCAUUGCGAUACCAGCUUGUGCUCUGGGCCUCACGCUUGUGGGAGUGUGCCGUCACCGACGCUUCAAAUGUUUUGUGUGUUUUCGACUGUGUGACUGAGUUUUCUCAUCUUAGUUAAUAUUUUUGUAUCAGGGUUUUAGAGCUUCGUACCCGCCCGACCCCGUGAGUGGCGGUUUCCAUUGUCGAAUAUCAAGGUGUUUGCGGGUGUCAAGUGUCAUCGGCUUAAAGCCCCGAGUAGCCCUAGGUAGCCUCUUUGCCCUGUUUUGUACUGAGUUGUGCCACAAUAGGAAAUGCAUUUUUAACAAAA